ACAGUUCAUGUGCUUGUAACCCACACGUCCCCUCAAUAUGUGUGUAAGGCCAUGUAUAUGUGUGGAAGGGUGAGAGAAGAGCUUUUUGGGAUAAGUGGAGGGUAGAGACCUAUAGGUAUUAAUUAACAGUUUGGAAGUUUCUAGUGCUCUGGCUUGUCUGUUGUACUGUUGAUAUGGAUCUGGAAUGAAGAGUUCACUGUUGCUGGUCAGUUCUCUGUCAUGAAUAAAUCAAUAAGCCACUUUGAUCCAGAUUCAGUAUACAGGAUGUGAGGGGAGCAGUUUUUCUCUAUGGCAAAGCCACCAUUUCAAAUCUGCUUCCAGGAGCUGCGCUCGCAACCUUCAGCCCUCUCGCUCUGCUCUUGCCGUGAGCUCUAGCAAGGGGAAAUCUGGGCUCACGUUUGAGUAACAGGUUGGGUACGCUGGGCUUGGCGAGGAAGUUGUUAGGCCCAUCUGAGAUUGCAAUGAUCUAGUUGUGCGUUUAGUCAGGUGGAAGUUAAAGUUCAGCAGCCAAAGGCGUAUGUAAUCCUACUCAGGCUGUGCUUGAAGAGGAUGGCUGAGGAGAGAAGAGCAUUCCACUGGCAAUGUUGUAUGUUUGUGUAAGGCUUUCAGCACAGUUAAUGUGGAAUCCUGACACAACCUUAGAGCGUGCCACCCUGUCAGCUGUUUGCCUCCCAGAUGUGUGACAGUAAACAGGAACCCCAUGCACCAGGAACUGCUGGGGUUCAUAAUAAGUUUAUCUCGCUGCUAAUUUAUGUUGCUUCUCCUUUUGUUUUAUGUUCUCGCUGUAUUUGGAAGCACCAAAUGAGCAACAUAUGGCAGAUGCUUGCGUUGGUUCUUCGCGAGGAAGACUUCCAAAGACCACGGCCUACAGCAGAAGGGACAGGCACCCUUUUAUUCGUUGCAAGAUUACUAGAUUAUAGCUUUCAUCUCCGGGCUAUGGGAAUACUCCUGCUACUAGAAAGCCCACAAGGUAGAGUUGUGUCUCUUCAUGAAUUCCAAAAGUAUGUCAGGCUGAAUUUCAAGCCAUUUUUUUGCUUUUAUAAGCAAUGUAUUUCUUCUUGCUUAUAACUUUUCAGUCAUCUUAGGUUUGGAACAGGGCUAGAACAACAACUUAGUUUUGGUUUACCUUACAAAGUGAAUGGCUUUCUAUUGCUUCACAAAUAACAAAAAAAAUCAAUAGAAAGUUUUUCCUCAUUUUCAAAGUGUACGUUAUGUGUGGGGCUUCUGUUCUGCUUGAGGACAAGUCUCAAUGGAACAUCAGGUCAUAAAAAAAAAAAAAGGUUAUAUUUUAAAACUGCAAUAUGAAAUAAUGCGACCACAUCAGAUUUUGAUCUGGGAGCCAGAACUAAUAGUUUAAUUUUUGAUUAGCCCAAGUCUCAAUUAUUAGGUUAAAUGCAAUCCUAAAACAGCAGUUAAAAAUUAACUUCCCCCUAGCUUCUGAUUGCUGUUGUAGCUGGGAUUUUAUUACAUGUAAUUAUCUCUUUUGUGCUUAUCAGGUAGAAAUAGAUUUAUUUUAUUUAACUUUCUCUUUCUGUCUUCAUAAAAUAUUUCCCAUCAGACAGUUUUGGAAGUUUAUUUAGUCUGUAUUUACUCUUCCUCAGAUGAUGAACAAGGCUGUAGGAGAGGGACAGAAAAUCAGGCAGGAAAGGAAAUGCCUCUGGCAUGCCAUAAAGGUCACUGUAACAAUCUCAUCAUCUCAUUUCCUCUUUAAAGUUUACCUGGGAGUCCCAACUCUUUUUUUUUUUCUGCUUUAGCUCUGCCACUAUGUCAAAAAGGAACCCAAGCCACGUGUUGCAAUUCUGUGGUAUUGCGGUGAAACGGAGCAUCCCUUUCCUUUCGGAGUUAGAAGUGUUUAUAAGCGAGCCAGCACUUUGCUUCCUUCAGAUCACAAAACCAACCUGUCUGGCAACUUCAGCUAACAAGCACUGCAGGAAAAGAUGUCUCACUUACUAUUUGCCAUACUUUCAUUAUUUUCCUUUGCUGCCCUUCUGGAAGCACAGUGGAAACUGAGGGAAAAUGUGUACGUCAUAGAAUCAGAGUGGAAUACUGAGACACCAGCUAAAAGAGUGGAGCUCACCUGUAACACAUCUGAUGAGACACUGCCAGUGUACUGGGAAAAGGACAGCGAGCUGAAAGGAACUGGAAGGACUCUGAUUGCUGAAGUGAAAGAGUUCCCAGAUGCUGGCAACUAUACCUGUCUGACAGCUGAUACCCAUGAAGUCGUCAGCUAUGAUUUCUUCCUCAUAACUAAAAUAGACUCCAGUGGGCAAAUGAUAAGGUCAAUUCUGAAAAGUUUUGACGAACCAAACAAGACGUUUUUAAAAUGUGAGGCAAAGAACUACUCUGGAAUUUUCGUAUGUUCAUGGAUGACAGAAAAUGAGAGUCCAAAUGUGAAGUUCACAAUCAGAAGUCUAAAAGGCUCUCAAGGAGACAUAAUCUGCAGCAGCCCUGUAGCUCACACUGACAUAUCAGUGACUGAAUACACAGCCCAGUGCCAGAAAGAAAGCUACUGUCCCUUUGCUGAAGAGCACGAGCCAAUUGAGAUGUUCCUGGAGGUCAUUGAUGAGGUGGAAUAUGAGAACUACACUAGCAGCUUCUUCAUCAGAGAUAUCAUAAAACCUGACCCACCCCAGUGUCAGUAUGUGGCCACAAAUGGAACAGUGACCUGGACCUAUCCCGGAACAUGGAGCACACCUAAGUCCUACUUCCCUUUGACUUUCAGGGUCAAAGUUGAAAGUACAAAGAAACGCAACAGCCAGGUCUAUGGCACUGAUGAGCAGGCCAUUCAGAUUCCAGUGGCUGGGCCAAAGAGGAAGAUCUCUGUGCAAGCCAGGGAUCGCUAUUACAAUUCAUCCUGGAGUGAGUGGUCUUCACUUUGCAGAUAACCAGUAAGAGAUUCUAGGAGGAGGCACAGUCCUCCUAAAGAAAACAAAGAAUGAACUAGCACAAAAACAUAAUUAGAAGGAAAUCUGCAUUGAGAUUAUUAAGAAGCCAUGCUUACUUUUUUUUUGGAAUAGAUUGAUGUGGUCCUGAUUUUGGCAGCUCUUUUAAAUUCCUUAGAUUUUAGUAAUGCCUUUAGCAUACAUCAUGUUAUAUUAACAUGCAUAGUAUUUUGGUGCAUUGCUGUUAGCCAUUAUUAUAGGUUCUGCAUAUUCUUGUAUUGCUUCUAUUUAUUUAUUUAUUAUUAUUUAUUUACUUGACAUGACUUGCAAUGCCAGAUGAUGGCAUUUAAAUUGCUAUUUAAACUGUUUCAUGUGUUAAUUUAUUUCGGAAGGUAACGUGCUGAAAGAACUGGUUUAGUAUUCCAUUAUUUAACUGUUUAAUUAUUUGAUAACCUAUUUAUUUUAAUUUACUAUUAUUUAUUGUGUUGAAAUGUAUUGGCACAGAAAGCCUUGGCUGCAUGUGGCAGCCACGUAUCAUGUCUCUGGGCCAUCGUUGUUGGCCAGUGUGAUGGCAGGUGUUUUAGUAACAGAAGGAAUUGCAAGUUCUGAGCCCUAGCAAUGUUUGCUGCUGGAGUUUUUCCACUGCCUGUGUUUACAUCAUGUUGAUGCCCAGGUAUGAACACUGCAAAUGGUUGUUGCCUGAGAGGUCAAUCACUCUUAAAGGCCUAUGACUGCAGCUGAGCCCAAGCUGCAACGGCGG